AUCUUCCCGGCACGGCAUCGCCUUGCUGUAUCGCCUUGCUUUGCUGUUUCGCAAGCCAGCACAUCAUCCAGGCCACUUGAGAUAGCGGAUGCAUGCCACCAUGAGCGUGGUGCCAUCCAAACGUCGUGAGCACCACCACGCCCACGCCCACGACGGCAGCCCAGACGCACGCGAAGUUUCGUUGGGACAACGCUCAACAACGCGUGAACGGUUGCCUCCUACGCUGGAUGAGGAUGCCGGAAGUCGCCGCCGCCGCCACAGUGCACGCAGGGACGAAUCUGGCAGCGAGAGAGCUGGCAGGAAACAGGGUCGCCAAGGGAAACAACAGCAACACCAGCAGCAGCACCAGCAGCAGCGACACGUGGGUGGCUGGCGUCGCAGCACGUCGAAGCAGCAUGCGGAGGUGGCCAAAGCCAUCCACGAGCUGGAGCAGGGCUGGGACGCCUCCACGUUCCUCACCACCGAGCGCAGCAUGACAUCGAUUACGCGCACCGAUCCCGCGACUCGCCGCCCCCGUGCUGACCUGACAACAGCUGGACUGCCAUCACCCUACGCGACUCCGGCCAAGGCCUCCCAGCGCUCUGUUUCAGCAAAGGGCCGCUCUGCCUCGCACGACAGCCUGCGCAUCGUCACCAUGCUGGGCACGCCAUCAGCGGCACUAACGUCAACGCCGCCCCGUCAGAGGAGCGUACAAAGCGCCACAACCCCGCGCACCCCAAAUCGCAUGCUCACACAGCGGCGCAGCUUGUCUGCCCGCCCCACAGUCCCCAUCACAGCUCACAUGAAACUGGAGUUUGUUGGCCGAACCCCGCACAAUCACAGAGUAUUGUACUCUGUUCAACAGCACCUGUCAACGAAGCGGCGCACCGUCCCUCUCUUCUGCGGCCUUGUCAAGGCUGGUGAUACUAUGCGCUUGGAUGUGGUGACGGGGGAGCCACGCCUCGUGCUCGUCGUGCACCGUGACCACGUGGUGUCGGAGAAGUGGACAUCGUGCUGCCAAUAUGGGAUGCGCAUCGGAGCGCGACCUGGCGGGCGCUCGGGCCAGUUUGUUCUCGCGGCUGCUGCUGGACGCCCGUGCCUGCGGUGUCAGGUUCGCGGUGCAUUGCGUAAUGGCGGCGGCCGCGGCUUUUGGUCCGAGGACAACACCAUCACAGACGACUACACAACAGCCAGCACCACCAUUCACGACAGCAGCAGCGGCAGCGGCAGUGGCGUGCCCUCGUCAUCAGCAUCAUCGCCGUCCACGCAGAAACGGACUGCAGGGGCCGGCAGUGCUCGCUCACAGCGUGCUCGCCCCAAUGCUCAUGACGGUUACGAUGAUGAUUUCGAUUCGUACUCGCAAACUGACGACGGCAACGACAGCAGCAGCAGCCGUGAUGGCAGGUCAGCAGCGAACAAGUACACGGGUAGCAGCAGCAGUAGUGGUGAUCACUCAGGCAGUCAUGAUGACAACGAUGAUGACGUACACGCUGAUGCUACUGCGAGAAGUGGAGAUGAUCUCCGUGCUGGCAUCAACAUCGCUCCACCAUUGCACCAAACAAGACGCAACCAACACCGCGCCCGUCCACCAUCCUCUUCCUCCUCCCACCGCCGCCCUGGCAGCGCCACCACUCGCCGGCAGCAGCGCCAACCCAAAUCCGCACCGGCGCUGCGGCGAGCAGCAAGCCGUGAUCACAGCCGUGGUGUUGGUGGUGGCGGUGGUGGUCGAGGGAUAAAACCAAACGGGCGGCCGAUGACUGCAGGUGGUGCUGCACUGCGAGGGAGCAGACGCGGGGACAGCAGAUCCGCUGAUGAUGUUCAUGGCGGUGAUAUGUUCGGCGACAGGGAGGGACCAGUGACUCCGAUGGCACACGGGCGACACAUGUUGGAGGGAGUUGAAGGUGUGGCGGGGAUGGGUGAUGGCGGCAACGCAUCAGCGGAGGACACGUGCGGUGCACGGAAUGAAGGCGGAGAUGGCCGCGAAGUCGAACGGGGCAUUGUUGGCGGGGGAGAAGCUGAUGCGAUCGUGCUGAAACGUGAACAGAAACAGGGGGCGGAAGACCUGGAAGAUAAGAUGGAGGAAGAAGGAAAAGAGGUGGAGGUGGAAGAAGAAGAAGAACGCAAAGUGGGAGUGGAAGACAAGGAGAAGGAAGAAGAAGAAGAGAAAGAUGCGGGAGAAGAGGAGUACCAGCACCAGCACCAGCACCAGCAGCCGCAGCAACGGGCUGCAGUUGAGGACGAGAUUCCCAGGCGUGAAGGAGAGGAAGAAAAGCAAAGAAAAGAGGAGCACAUGCAGCGUGCAGACGACGCCGUCGCUUCGCCGCCGCCAUUUCAAUGGCCGGGAGAGGUGGAGCAAGCAAGUGAACCACUAACACGUUCCCCAGAUCACACACAAGACACGAGUAAUCCCUCGCCAUCGAUGGUGCCAGCUAGCGAUGAUGAUGAAGAGCACUAUGGCCGCAGCAAUGCUGAAGAUGACAAUGAAGCUGGUGAUUCAGAGGACGUAGCGGUGGCGAUGGCUGCAGAUGCAGCACUCCUCUCCGCCACCGCUAUUGGCCUUCCGCUUCUGAUUCACGCACCAGCAGACGCACCCCCGCUCUCAUUCAGGAACGCGUCGCCGGUGCACCGGGAGAUUUUUCCGAUCGUUGAGGAGACGGAGCCCGAGUCCGGGGCAACGACGCCAUACACAUCCAAGCACGCGUCGCACGCCGUGCCGCCGGCACCAGCCCUCAUGCGCCAGCAGGGGCGGACGGGCAGCGCUGUGCAGAUGGGCACCAGUCGUGGUGGUGCUCCCAGCACGAGCGUCGAUGAUGAUGACGCUGGUGGAGAUGGUGACGAAGAUGACGCUGGUGGUGAGGCCACGUCGCACAAUGCGAGCAGCGAUGCGGUGGAGGAGGAGCUGGCAGCGCUGGUGAUGGCCUCUGUUGUCCAACAGAGCACCGACCACACCACCGCCACCAACAACAACGACGACAACGACCAGACCAUCACCACCACUUCCGAUGUCAGUGGUGGGCGCAACAUCCAUGAUGGCAGACACCUCCGGCCCUGUGGUGGUGGAGCCAACGACCAUGACGGUGAUGACGAUGAUGACACGACAACCGAUGAUGACGAUGAGGUGUUGGGUGGAGCAGUGCAGGCCAGACGCGUGCGGAGAAACCGGCGGCCAAUGUCUGCUCGCCGGCGAACACCGCGCGCACAGCACGCUGCGACCACGAAGGAGGGUGGUGAUGGUGGUGGAGAGUCUGGAAACGAAUCAGACUGGGAAGGGCUGCGUAAUGAAUGCGAUGAUGGUGGUGGCAGUGGCGAUGGUGGUGGCAGCCACAGCAGCGGCGGCGGCGGCUUGGCGCGCAUGAUGCGACAGCGUGGUGGCGAUGCGGAGAGCAACGCGUACGACUCGGAUGAGGACGGGUCGCUGCUGUCUGGGGGGCAGUUCACCCCGCGCAUUGUGAUGCAGCAGCAGGAGACGCAUGAUUUUGAUCUUGACGAGCUGUUCGCUUCCGAUGAGGAGGACGUUUAUUACGAGGAACAGCCACAUAGGGACCAGUAGAAGCAACAUGUGGUGUGGUGUGUGUGUGUGUGUUGCGACGGGACUGCGUGUCGUGAUGGGUGAUAGCAGCGUACGGGAUUUGUGUUGAUGGGAACGCAAUAGUGUGUGUAUGCAACAGUAGCCAUAGAACAUGAGAGGGUGGUGAGGAAUGGACGCCCCAAAUGAUGUAGACAUGCAUGAUUUCGUGUGAAUACUGGGCGCUGGGAGCAUAUUAUGUUUUAGACACGGUUUAGUUGCUUGCAUGCAUCCCCCUCAUUAUAACCGGACCAAUAAACACUGUGUACACAC